CGUCAGACGUCAUGAAAAAUGAUAUUUGGAGCCAGAAAUCUAUAGAAGAGUCUAUACGCCUCUGUUUGGAUAAGAGACUGAUCUUUCUUGUCUAUAUUCAAGGAGAUGAUGAAAAAUGGAUUGAUAACCUUUUAACUCCACAGGUUUGCAAGGAAAUAAAAGAAAAAACGGUUUCCCUAAGAUUAUUUAAUGGAACAAUUGAAGCCAUGUCUUUUAAACAGAUGGUUGUUGUAAAUAGUGUUCCGUCUAUUUUUCUGAUUAAGGAUGGAUUAGUUAAAAAGUCAUUUUAUGGGAAUGCAACGGCAGAAAAUCUUAUUGAAGGUAUUCAAAGUUUGAGUAGGGAAAAAUCUAUGUCAAAUAUUUCAGAAUAUGAGGGUGCUUGUAGAAAUUUAUUAAAUAUUCAGGAAAAGGAUGGUAUUUCAUCUAUAAAAUCUGCAAAGAUGAAUUCAAAAGAUGGAGGAAAGAGAAAAAAGUAUGUUGAGGAGUUGAAAAAAAUGAAAAAAAAAGAUUUAGAGGAACGAAUGUGUAUUUUAGCUCGAAUUAAUGCUGAUAAAGAAGAAAGAAAAGUAAAAGAACAAUAUAGGAUCUCAGCGCGUUCGAAUGAGGUUUCUAUAUUUACAGAGGAUACUAGUUUUCAACAAAGUGCUAAAAAUAUAUGUCUUUUAAAUAUACGACUUUUAAAUGGAUCAUCUAUUCAAGCUAAACAUUUUACGAUCAAUAAUACAUUGCAAGACGUUCGGCAAUGGAUUGAUGAGAAUCGGACAGAUAAUAAGAUACCUUAUGACUUAAUUCAGGUGUAUCCGAAAAGAUUGUUUAGUAUUUCAGAAGAAGUAAAAACAUUGGAAGUUUUAAACUUGUAUCCUAGCGCAACACUUGUUUUAAAGCCUAUAAAGAAUGCUAUAUCGGCAUAUGUUAAUUUGGAUAAAGGUUAUUUUUCUAAACUAUUCGGGGCCUUUGGUUAUUUCAAAAGCAACAUCUACUCAAUUUUUGGCUGGAUAUCUGCAGUUAUUAAUAAAAAUAAAACAAUUAAAAAAAUGGAACAGAAUAAAAAAGUGCAUUCUUUAAAUGAUCAACAGAUAUCGACUUCCGAUAACAGAAAUAGAGAUAAAAAUGUUUGGUAUAAUGGAAAUACGCUUAACCAAGAACCCCCUGUGGAAAAAAAUAAUUAA